UUAAUGUGAGUAUUGAUCGAUCAAUGCAAGCUACAUUCGUGGUCGUCAGACGCGUUGACGAUGACACCCAACGUUGACUCUCCCCUAUCCAUACGAAGGUAUUUCUAAGGGACAACGACCACUUCAAACGUUCCUUGCUACACAUUCUCAGAUAGGACUCAGACAUGGCAGGCCGCAUUGAUGUCCAUCGUAUCAUCGGGGAAUCCGCAGCGUGGUCAGAAGCUAACGAGCAUGCAUUACUGGAACCCUUUACAUACAUCAAUAAUAUUCGAGGCAAAGAGAUUCGAGGACAAAUGAUUGCAGCCUUCAAUACGUGGUUGAACGUUCCUGAGGACAAGCUUCGCGUCAUCUCCAAAGUUGUCAGCAUGCUGCAUACGGCAAGUCUAUUAAUCGACGAUAUCGAAGACGAUGCGCAAUUACGACGGGGAGUGCCUGCGUCGCACAAGAUCUAUGGUAUCCCACAAGUUAUCAACUCUGCCAACUACGUGUAUUUUCUUGCUUAUCAGGAGCUCUUCUCUAUGCGGCGAGAAGCCUUGGAAGAUGCUAAGAAUAAGUCAUCUGGGGAGGCGAAUCAGAAGAGAUUGAUUUCAGUGGACGAUCUGGACAGCGUAGUCACUUCAGAACUCCUAAACCUUCAUCGAGGCCAAGGUCUCGAAUUACUUUGGCGAGACUCGCUGCAGUGCCCCACGGAGGAAGACUAUAUUAGCAUGGUAAAUAAUAAAACUGGCGGCGUGUUCCGGAUCGCCGUGAAGCUGAUGAUGGCUUAUGCCACUAUGAAUACUGACAUUGACUAUGUGCCGUUGGUCAACCUUAUUGGCGUUCACUUCCAAAUUCGUGACGACUAUAUGAACCUACAGAGCACCCAAUACGCCGAUAACAAAGGAUUCGCAGAGGAUCUAACUGAGGGGAAAUUCUCAUUCCCUAUUGUCCACGGCGUGCGUUCGAACACUUCCAACAGACAAAUACUCACUGUUUCGUGCAUCUCAUUUCAGACGUCCUGCAGAAAAGACCAACAACGCCGACACUCAAGAAACAUGCGAUCAGCUAUCUCAAAGACCAGACGAAAUCUUUCGACUAUACAGCCACGGUGUUGGCUUCAUUGGAGAAUGACAUUCGAGAGGGACUAGGAAGACUUGGCGGAAAUCGUGCGCUUGAGGAUAUCAUAGAUGCUUUGCAUGUGGAUUCACCAGGAUCAUGAUGUGGAUUACAUGUCAGUUAUUGAGCACACCUUCAUCAGUACUUCUAGUGGCGAUCCUCCUAUCCUCGAAGCGUGGGAAGCGCUUUAGCGACGACCAUGUCGGUGCCUACACAGCAUGUCUUUCAUUUUCCCGCAAGUCAAGACGAUGCUUGCUUUUAAUCCUACUCGAGUACACCCAAUAACGGUACUUAGUCUCUCUAGCACACAAGCUUAAUCCCACGAUGAGUUGUAGUUCCGACUAUGCAGCAUACUGAUAUGCAUACAGGGCGUGCAGCUAUCUAUACACGUUACCUUGCUAUAAUUAGAUCUUUUCGGACGAACUGAAAGAUAAGU